GGACUCCGGGCAGCGGCACAUCGGGCAGGACUCCGGGCAGCGGCACAUCGGGCAGGACUCCGGGCAGCGGCACAUCGGGCAGGACUCCGGGCAGGACUCCGGGCAGAGGCAUAUCGAGCUGGACUCCGGGCAGAGGCACAUCGAGCUGGACACCGGAUCACCAGGCGGAGCAGCAGGCACCGGGCCACCAGGCGGAGCGGCGGGCGCCAGGCCACCAGACGGAGCAGCAUGCACUGGGCCACCAGGCGGAGCGACGGGCAUCGGGCCCCCAGGCGGGGCGCCGGGCGCCGGGCCCCCAGGCAGAGCGGCGGGCACCGGGCCACCAGGAGGGGCGACAGGCACCGGGCCCCCAGGAGGGGCGACAGGCAUCGGGCCCCCAGGCGGAGCGACAGGCAUCGGGCCCCCAGGCAGGGCGACGGGCACCGGGUCAUCUGGCGCUGGAUCGUCUGGCUCGACAGCGGGCAUCGGGUCACCAGGCAUGACAGCGGGCACUGGGUCAUCAGGCAUUGGAUCGUCUGGCUCGACAGCGGGCAUCGGGUCACCAGGCAUUGGAUCAUCUGGCUCGACAGCGGGCAUCGGGUCAACAGGCAUGACAGUGGGCACCGGGUCAUCAGG